AUGGUGAAUCUCAACCCAGAAGCUCCUGAAUUCUGUCCCACCCAACAAAACAAGCUGCAGCUAGUGCAAGUGCAAUCACUUUCCUCUCCUAACUUUCCCACUUCCAUAUUCACCCCUCAACACUAUUACUUCAUGGUCUCUUCACUUCCCUCCCGAGAACUUCACCCUUUCUAUUAUCCCUCCUUAUCAUUUCCUUUACCUUCUUUCAUUCACUUUCACGAUGCCACCGUUACCCCCCAACAGGAAACACCCGACGCUGAACCAACUCGUUUUCAUAGCACAACAGAUGAACCUAACCCUCUUGAUGCCCAUGCAGUGCACCAACAUGAGGAGGAAAUUGUGGCUGAUGCUGAAGCAUGUGGUUCAAAAGGGCUUGUACAGAAGCAAGUGUUUAAGGCGUUUAUAACUUGUGGAAGAAUGGAUAGUCACCGUUCAGAUGGGUUUAAGCUGAAGGCUUACGCUAGUAGGAGAAGAAAGGUCGAAGAGGCUGGUCAAGUAAAGAAAAGCAGUGGUCAUUUAAGGAACAGACAUGUUAUGAGGCACCCACAUGAACAAUACUUCAGGGCUUUUCCCAGGAAGAAACGUUGCUGUCCUGUGGUGCCUGUGCGAGUCGAUGGAGAUGAAACCACUGUUAUGAUAAAAAACAUCCCUAGCAAAUACACGCGAGAUAUGCUGGUAGAGUUCUUGGACGACCAUUGCAUGGUGGUGAAUAGAAGAGAGAAAGAAGCUGUCAAAGUGAAUGGAGAGGAGCACAAUAUUUUAGCUUUUGAUUUCGUUUAUUUACCUAUAGAUUUCAAAAGCGGGUUGAACAAAGGCUACGCUUUUGUAAACUUCACUAAGCCCAAGGCAGCUUGGAAGUUUCUUUUGACAGCCUCCAAUAUGAAAUGGAGCUUGUUCCAGUCCCACAAGAUACGUGAAGUGGUUGCCGCACGUCUCCAGGGGAAGGAGAAACUAGAAAGGCACUUUGAAACUAUGAGCUUUCCCUGUGAAUCCGAGGAUGUUCUGCCUGUGUGCUUUAGCCCACCUCGGGAUGGGGUUAUCAAGGGAAAGCAAAGGACUAUGGGGAAGCUUAUCAAGUGCCCAGAAGUUUGA